ACGUCAUCCGCAAAUUUCUGGCAGGCAGCGCAUGACACGGUCAGAACGAAAUCCGUUCGCAUAAUUUUCCUUUUUAUCUGGUAAUUCUUGUGGUCUUUGGUGCGUGUGGGGGUUUCGAACGUGAAAGGGAAUGGCAGGGAUUAUAGCUUUUGCUGCCAGAAGGUCGGGCCAACAACCCGUCCUUAGGGCGCUGACGAACUGUCUGGAAAGGAAUCUGGUUGAGGGCAACCAAAGGUCAUAUCAUCAAGCUGCCAGAGUAUUGUAUAAAGCCUGUUUAAGGGCCAAUAACACUGUUUUACCAAGGCCUAAGAAUGCGCUUUACGCGCAAGAGCUCAGGUAUUUCAGGUCCAGCGCUGCUCUGCUUCAAUCACAGGACAUCGUCGUUCCACCUUUCCCAGACUCGAUCUCUGAAGGAGAUGUUAGGCUAGAGAAGAAAGUUGGAGAUGUCGUUUCAGUAGAUGAAGUUGUCCUUGAGGUUGAAACCGAUAAGACUUCCGUUCCGGUGCCGUCGCCGGCUGGAGGUGUUAUUGAGGAGUUUUACGUUGCCGAAGGAGCCACCGUCAAGGCUGGUCAGAAACUUUUCAAGUUGAAGAUCACUGGAGAUGCUCCACCGCCGAAGAAGGAUUCACCAAAACCUGCACAGGAGUCCGCUCCUACACCACCACCUGCACCAAAACCAACUCCAUCUGCAGCUCCACCACCACCACCAAAGGCGGCUGCCCCAUCUGCAGGCGCUCCACCACCGCCACCACCACCAAGGGCUCCAACCAGCACCAUCCCAGUGGCUGCCAUCAGGCAUGCUCAAGCAAUUGAAGCCGCAACGGUCAAGGUACCACCAGCGGAUCCAACCAAGGAGAUUACUGGAACGAGGACCGAGCAACGGGUGAAAAUGAACAGGAUGAGGUUGAAGAUCGCCGAACGUUUGAAGCAAGCCCAGAACGUUAACGCCAUGCUGACCACCUUCAACGAAAUCGACAUGAGUUACAUGAUGGAAUUCAGGAAGGCCAAUUUGGAUGCCUUCCAGAAGAAAUAUGGAUUGAAGUUAGGCUUCAUGUCUGCAUUCGCCAAGGCGUCCGCCUACGCGCUGCAGGAUCAGCCCGUUGUGAACGCCGUCAUCGAGGGACAGGAAAUCGUCUACAGGGACUACGUAGACAUUUCCGUCGCUGUUGCCACACCUAAGGGUCUUGUUGUUCCGGUCAUCAGGAACGUGGAGUCGAUGAACUAUGCCAACAUUGAACUGGCCAUCGCCGCCAUGGGCGAAAAAGCCAAAGCAGGUAAACUGGCCGUCGAAGAUAUGGAUGGUGGUACCUUUACCAUUAGCAACGGUGGCGUCUUCGGUUCUCUGUUGGGUACACCCAUCAUUAACCCACCGCAGUCAUCGAUUUUGGGUAUGCACGGCAUCUUCGAAAGGCCGGUAGCCAUCAAGGGACAGGUUGUGAUUCGUCCAAUGAUGUACGUCGCCCUCACCUACGAUCACAGGCUGAUUGAUGGUCGUGAGGCUGUGAUGUUCUUGCGCAAGAUUAAGGCUGCGGUCGAAGACCCUCGCGUAAUCCUCGCCGGUUUGUAAAUCGGAGACGGAGAAGAAACACUUAAAAGCCCAACCCUUAGAUUAUUAUGUGUACAGUAAUUGAUUAUGAUGAUGAAGACGGUUUUCCUUCCUGCACAAACCAUGUCACCAACAGCGAUUCACCUCCGCGUCCGCCCCUUCGUCUGCCGCAAACUCAGGAUUUGGGGGUGCCCGGAGCGAGGAUAAGGCAUGGAAACGUUUCGCAAGGAUUCGCUCUACACUAUAUAUAUGUAUAUGUAUACUGUAAACUAUUUUAUUUAUUUUGUUUUAAUGACUUAAAAAUACUUAAUUUUAAUCUGGAUGUACAUUGAUUGAUUUUCGACCUGCUGAGGGUUUUAUUUAUAUACAGUAAAACAAAAUCGAGUCACAGGGUUUAUCUUUGCGAAUUAUUUCAGAAAACACGAACAUCGGGGAGGGAAAUAUAAUUGUAUGAAUGAAUAAAACAACAAAAAAAAAAAAGAAACGAA